AUGCCUAUUCCCACUGCAUAUAUCCUUUUUUAUUUACUGGUACUGGUGAUGACUUCAAUUGAUUGUCGAGCAUUUGGUCAACGAGUUGAAUACCAAUAUGAAUUCGACCCAAAAAGAGAUAUUCAUCCGAGAGUUCAUGUGAAAUUCGAUGACGUUACCGAUGAAACCGAAUUGAUGCGAAUUUUCAAUCAUCGAAAGUCAUCAGAAGUACGCAAAUCACCGUCGCGUUAUGAGCACACCCCAUCGACUUCUCCUUUCUUCGAAGAUAACGACCGUUUUAUGGUACCUUUCGAGGAAAUGGAUCGCGGGAAUCGAGAUGCUGGAUGGCGGAACGUUCCAUUUGCGGAGAAUCGGCAAUGGCAUCGAGAAUUCUUGAACCUUCCUAUUCAUAAGUUCGUUCAACCCGAUUCCCAGGAUGAUCUUGCUGAACAGAUGGCCUCGUUCCUUCGACGUCAAUCUGAAUCCAUUUUAUCCAGACACUUCCCAACAGUUCCACUUCAUCACUUCUCCGAUCCACCCGAAUUUAUGAUAACUCCUAUGCCCAAGUUUGCUUUUUAA